GAAUUCCUCGUCGAAUGCUACGACUGGGACAAAGAUGGCAAAACAGAAUUGGAAUUCACAGUUGCAAUCGAUUUUACAAAAUCAAACUUACCAUUUGAAAAUGCCGCUUCCCUACAUCACGUUGCUGGUGAAAAUACCAGUCAGUAUGAAAUUGCAAUCCAGGCUAUUGCCGAAAUUUGUCAGUACUAUAAUAACAGUCAGCUGUUCUAUGCCUAUGGCUUCGGUGCGCGUUUACCUGGCGAUAAUCGCAACAAGUCGCUGUUGUUGUUGCUGGAAUUAGCCUCAGACAUACCCAAAGCGUAUUUUGUAGUCACUCCAGUUGGUAUACCAUCAGCAAAAACGUGGGUCUGA